GCUACCACGGCAAUUUGUUACUUCAAAAACGUUCGAGGUCUUUAUAAUCCAUUAGGACACAUUUUAUAUCAGCAACAUUUUAUACACUGCCUGUGGGGCAUAUUCUGGCCCUGUCCAUGGAGCUGAAAUGUUACCAAAGCAACGCUUUGACUGCGAAAGAACAUGGAUAGACGGGAAGAAUAACAGGUCGUAGCUUCACUGAUGCCACAACAAACAUACAUAAUCAGUUAGCUUUUGCGAAAUAGGCCUAACAAAUUGUGCCAGGAAAAGUAGUUCUCCCUUGGGUGGAGAGGGAAAUGCAAGGGGCGAUAUAAUAGCUGAGAUGCAAUCAACGUUUUCCAGCCAGCUUUUAAUUAUGGACGCUACACUGAUAGGCCAUAUGCGCGUAAAUAAUUGGAUAAAUGACCAUAUGCGUCUCCUUUGGGUGUCAGUGCUACAUUUAGUUGUAAUGCUUUGUAAAUGUUAUGCACACAUAAAUACCAUAGUCAGACAAAAUGUUUAAUAAUAAUGUAGUAAAUAAUUAUCACUUUUUUAAAUGUAAUUGGUUAUGAUGCUAAAGUCACCCACAGGUACUUGUCUUGAAUGUCACAUGAUGGAAGCUUCGUCGUGGGUUUGAUGCUUGAUUGAAGAGCUGUGUCGUAUUCAGCUCACUCGAAUCCAGAACGUUGACGAACGAAAGUCUAUGGGUGCCAAUCUCUGGACCGUAGUUUUAUCCAAAAGAGGGACAUUAUUUGUGUUCUGCAUUUCGCAAAAGCUAACUUUGAUUUUGUUUAAUCAGUGAAGCUUCAUAGGCUAACCAUAUCCCCAAAGGCUGCCGCUGCCCAACUGCUGGCGCCAGGCUGAGGUGGAGUGCGCAACGAGUAUUGUCCUGUUGUGGGGCACUAAGUGCGCGACACAUCCACUGCUUCUCCGCGAGUCUGUAGACAAGUGUAGAGCGACACGAGAGGAAAAGUAUUGUAAGAAAAAUAGCGCUUUCCUCGACGAGACUUAUUUGUGAAGCUCCUCUUUCUGCCGGCGGCGCCCCCUGCAGUUGUGGAUGUGGUAUGACCCUGUGUGGCAGGAAGGUGUUGACAGUGCUAAGCAGCGUGUUCGCUGUGUGUGCCCUGGGCCUGCUGGGCAUCGCUGUCAGUACUGACUACUGGCUCUAUCUGGAGGAGGGCGUCAUCCUGCCCCUCAAUCAGAGCACUGAGUUACGCAUGUCCCUGCACUCGGGCCUCUGGAGGGUCUGCUUCACAGCUGGAGAUGAGAAGGGCCGUUGUUUCACCAUUGAGUAUGUGAUGCCCACCAACGUGCAGCUGACGUCGGAGUCUACGGUUAGUGUGCUGACUCCCGAGCCCACCCUGUCUCCGUCUUGUGUCGUGGGACCCAUACAGUGGGAAAUCCAAUCAGCCAUCCAAGAGGCCCUAAGCCACGACCCAACACCUCCCGACACCCCUGCAGGCAAGACCUACGUUCUGGCAUCUGUCAGACCCCAGCUAAUGCAGUGGUACCAUACCUCGCUGAGUUCUGGCCAUCCCAGGAUCACCCGGACCAUGGAGCUACUGACACGCAAGUUCUGGUGGUCAUCCCUAACAGCAGACGUCAGAGAUUACGUGCUUUCCUGUCCCGUCUGUACAUGGGCAAAGAGCCCUCGCCAACUACCUACCGGUAAGCUCGAGCAUUUACCUACACCACACGGACCAUGGUCCCACAUCGCCAUGAAUUUCCUCACUGAUCUGCUAAACUCUUCGGGCUUCACUACUAUUUUAGUUGUAGUGGACCAGUUCUCCAAGGUGGGCCGACUCAUCCCCCUUCCGUAUCUACCUAAUGCCAUGGAAAUGGCCGAGUGCAUGUUCCAACAGGUGUUUUGUCUGUAUGGGAUCCCAGUUCGUCUCCAGGGUGUGGCGAGCCUUCUGCGACCGGCUGGGAGUCUCCAUCAACCUAUCCUCCGGAUACCAUCCCCAAGCCAACGGGCAGACGGAACACCUGAAUCAGGAAAUGGGGAAGUACCUUCACCAACACUGCACCCACCAACCACACGAGUGGAGUCGCUAUCUAGCCUGGGCCGAAUACGCACAGAACUCCCGGGUGCAUUCCUCCCUCCAUCGCACUACUUUUCAGUUUGUCCUCGGACACCAACCCACGUGUUCCCAUGGGAGACAGAGCCCGGAACUGUGCCUGACAUCGAUGAGUGUGAGCAGGUUUCGACAGUGUGAGCAGGUUUGGGAGACAGCACAUCGGCACCUACAUCAAGCUUCCCUCUCCCAGAAACGUUCGCCGACCUACUCCACUCUUCCAACCUGGGCAACGUGGGUGGCUCUCUACCCGGGACAUUCAGUUUCGUGACCCCUGCAAAAAGUUCAGUCCCCGGUUCAUUGGUCCUUUCAAAAUUACACAACGCAUCAAUCCUGUCACCUACAGUCUCCAGUUGCUCCGCCAUUACCGGAUCUCCUCGUACUUCCAUGUGUCCCAUCUCAAGCCUGUGAGGUACAGUGGCUCACCCUCUCCAUUUGAUGUCGGCGGUGCACCGGCUUAUUCCGCCAAGUCCUCCUUGACUCCAAGCGCCUGGGUGGUCGCAUCCACUACCUGGUGGAUUGGGAGGGGUACGGACCUGAAGAACGGUGCUGGAUCCCCGCCCAGGACAUCCUCGACCCAGCUAUGAUCCUGGCUUUCUACCGUCCUGACCGCCCAGCUCCACGUCCCCAGGGAGGCCCCCUGCUCAGCUUCCUAAGCCGUCAAGAGCCGCCCAUGGAGGGGGGUACUGUAACGUCUGCUUCCAACUCACUCUCAAACACGUAGAUCCCCUGAACGCAGCUCACUUUCCAGCCCACUUUCCA